AUGAAAGGGUUAGCUCGAAGCUACUUAUGGUGGCCAGGGUUAGACCAAGAUAUUCAGAAUCUUGUAAGCCAAUGUGAAACAUGUCUGUCUGUCAGAAACAAACCACCUCUAGCACCACUCCAAACAUGGGAGUGGCCAAGUCGUGUUUGGCAGAGGUUGCAUGUUGAUUAUGCUGAGUUAAAGGGUCAACAUCUGUUCAUUGUUUUAGACAGUCAUUCAAAAUGGGUAGAAGUGUAUCCAAUGAAAAUUACCACAACAAACAAAACUCUUGAUAUUUUAAGAAGACUAUUUAGUUCUUAUGGGUUACCCGAAGAGAUAGUCUCGGAUAACGGGCCCCAGUUUAUCUCUAGUGACUUUGCCGAGUUUAUGACUAGAAAUGGUAUAAUACAUAAACGUGUAGCGCCAUAUCAUCCUGCUUCCAAUGGGGCAGCGGAACGUACCGUUCAAAUUGUGAAGAAGGCGCUAAUUAAGCAAUUACUUGAUAAUCCACUUGUCAUUACACCACAAGUUAGCAAACUUCCUUAUUACUUACCGUAA